ACAAGUGUUUAAACUAAAAGUAUAAUUACAAUCCUGCUAUUGCGUCGCUGAAUAUCUGAGAGAUAGAGAUAUGUAUCAGGGAUAUUAAACUUAAACCAGUUGAUUGAUGUGCUGGUGAAAAACUCAAUGUGACAGCGAUGUAUAUGGAGAGUGUCAUGUUGGCCAUAUUACUGGUGUUGUCGGCCGUCGGUCCUGCCCUGUCCAACCUGGCUUUGAUUAUUAUCGACGUUCAGAACUGUUUCCUCUCAGGUGGUACACUAGCAGUCGAAAACGGCGAUGACGUCAUUUCCGUAAUACAGCACAUCCGGCUGAAGUAUAAGGACCAAAUUUCCUUGACGGUGUUCACGCAAGAUUGGCAUUGUGCUGAUCACGUGUCAUUCGCUUCACAACAUGUGGGAAAACAACCGUUUACAGCCAUCGAUCUGCUGUACACAGAUAAUGGGACACUAUGCCCAGUCAAUAGCAGCUGCGACUCCACUCAUAAUAUUAGUCAGACGCUGUGGCCGGACCAUUGCGUUAUAAAUACGACAGACGCACAGCUUAGUUCACAGUUGGAACAACAUCCAGGAGAUAUCGUUGUCAAAAAAGGUUAUCACUGCCAGGUCGACUCGUACUCGGGUUUCUUCGACAAUGGCGGGUUUUCGCACACAGAGCUUGACAGUCUCCUUAGGCAGCGUAAAAUCACUCGUCUCCUGGUGACCGGCCUCGCGCUAGACUUCUGUGUCUACUAUACCUCCAAGGACGGACAGGCGCUGGGUUAUGAGACGUACACAGUGGCUGAUGCCUGUCGACCUGUCAGAAAAGAUAACGUGGACAGUGUUCUCCAAGACCUUAGAACAAAAGUACCUUCACCAACGCCCGUUAGCGAGUUUCCAAUAUCUGCAGGUCCAGCAUUGAAGUCUCCUAGCAAUACGGAAUACCAAGGAACAGUGAAGCUACUUACAAGUGCUUCUAGUAGACCGUAGUCUAAGUUGUUCAGAGUUCCAGGAUAGAAAGGUAUGGUCGCUCUAUUUGUUAAGGGUUUCUUAGAUAAAAGCACCAAGGCCGGCGUGUUGAUUCUCUGGCCAUCUCCGACUGGGACUGGGUUACUACAUCUGAACAAUGGUCACGUUGCGAAUGCAAUCCAUUAUAACUCUAGUGGUCAUAGCAUGUUUAAAGUGAUACACUUAUUAAAAAUACAUACACAUGCAUAACAAACUAAAAAAUCGGAUAUCAGAAAACAUUAAUCAUUUAAGUGACAUUCUAUUUCAAAAUCAAUACAUACACAUUUAUACCAACAUUUUCGAGUGAUAAACCUUUAACUACAUACUAAAUAAGGUAUUUAUGAAAAAUAUUAAUUACUGAUAACAAGAUUGUAACCGUGUAUUGCAUAGAUGCAAACGCAAAAAAUAAAAUAAAUGACGGUGAGUGUUAAGAGAUUUGCUGUGAUCUACAAUCGUUUCAUAAAGUAGAAAUACCGUGUUUUCUGCAGCUUUCUUUCAAAUUAAACUCUUUAUCCUUCAUAAGAACCAUUUGUUUUCGACAUUUAUUCAUCCUUUUUUAUAUAUUUAAACAAUUUCAUUAAUUCUGAUAAAUCUUAUUUGGGAGUAAGAGUGCAUCUUUAGGAAUAUAAUUUCAAAGCAUCACAUUUGUGCGCAACGCUGUUAUCUUAUUCUGAUUGAUCUGCACUUAAACAUACGAGUAAAUCAAGCUAAAGUGGUUAAAAAAAUACAUAUUACUUGCGUAUAUUUAACAGUAAUAUAAAAGAAUUGAUCGCGUGCAUGGGGAAUAUUGUGUGUUUUGGUUAAGUUGUUCCAAGUGAAGUUAAUUGUGCCAUGAGAUUGAAAACUAAAAAGAACAACAUAAUGUUUUGACAUAAGUCCACAUGGUUUGUGCUAUACGACAACGACAUUGGUAAACAUUCUAAAAUUCACUGAGAUUUCCGAAUAGAAUACUAAACACUGCUAACUUAACAUAUAUGAAUCCAUCUUACGUGCUAAUUGCAAGUCCAACAGCCGUUGUCCUCAAACAAAUGAUACAGUCCUGUCCGCUUACAGCUGUUAAAGGGGCAUAUUGCGCCAGACAGUUCGUUAUACCACAGUUUAUCAACUCCGCCCCUACUUGUCCCUUCGCAAAUUCUGUUGGACACAGUGACUCCAGACAUCCGAAGAAGCUAUUUAACAGGCUGUAGUCACACAUUGGAACUACAAAAAAAGACAAGAACAAAGCUUGUAGUAUUUCGAAGAAAAUGCCAGCCUUAGUGCAGUACAGUAGAUGGUAUUACAUCAUAAAAGUAUUCACUAUGGAGCCAUUGAGUUUGAUCUGAUACUCACUGACAGAAAUUCAUAUUGACCGUUGCGCAGCCGAGUUCAAAAUGAUACUUUGCCAGUGAUGAUAGGACCAUAGUCAAAACCCGUUGGCUCGAACUCACUUGGCUCGAAAUCCUCAUUGGCUCGAACUAUAUGUAAAGGACCGAUUUCUUUAUACUGAAGGUAUACGGAUGGUAAACGUUCCCGCUAGGCUCAAUUUUUAUGAGGCUCGAGAUAUUUUCACCGGUCCCUGGGAGUUCGAGCGAUCGGGUUUUAAUUGUUUAUGGCUUCCUAGCCAAAAUAUGUGUUAUUAUAUUCCGAUUCAUCAACAAACAAGAAACAAACAACAUAAGCAACACUUACUCAAGACAAAGCUUAAAAGCGCUCACAUAAUGUUCUGCUUCAUUUUGCGUCUCUACACCGAGAAAAGUGUGAUUUGACGCCCAAGCUAUUUCGGCGCUAGCGUUUGUUUAUUUCUGAUGAAUUUGUAUCAAUGUUGUGUUCGUAAAUACACCAUUCUUAUGAGUAAGGAAAGAACAAUGUCAUGAAAUAUGAUAUACUAGUAAAAUAAUUUCAUCGCCGAUCGUGUUUUUAAUGCAUCAUUCCAUUGUAACCACGGCCCCUAGGGCUUGGGAAUAGCGGGGAAUUUGACCUUCGGUCCAGCCAAUCCCGGGUAAAAUCCCCGCCAUGCGGUGACAAACAGCUGGUAAAAUCCAACAUGUCAAUUACAGCACGGGCCCCCAGGUCAUGUGAAUAGCGUGGACUUUUACUUUCGGUCCAGCCCUUCCAAGGUAAAAUCCCCGCUCUGCGCAGACAAACUCCUGGUAAAAAGCCUGGUAAAAGCCGCUCGAAAUGCCCCUGCACCCCGGGGACAUUCUAUGUUAGGCCCAUAUCCCGCUAUUUUCGGCGCGAAAACAAAACCACCACGUUUCCCCGGCACUGCGGGGCCACUUUGAAGGUUAAAACACGGCCCUUUCCUCCCGCUAUCCCUGUUAUACCCCCGGACUGGGGGGGGGGGCGUGGUUACAAUUGACUGGUGCAUAACCAAUGAGAAUUUGUCUAUCUAUAUACAAUGUACUAUAUUUUUAUUAUCAUUAACUCACAUUGAACGAAACGUGUUAAUUCGCGAUUAUUGACGGAGCUCUAUAACACGUAUUGACACAUAACUAUUAAUGCGUAAAUAUGAAACAGUGAAAACAUCACAUGCUGAAAAAAACGUAUUAAGCGGCGUCCUAUUAUUUUAAAAUUUACGCAUAAAACACUUUUGACAAGCAGACAUGAUCUCCGCCAACACCUACGGAAUUAGCUGGAGUUCAGUUAUAGAAGAUUGCUUUUUUGGGUAAUAUUUAAUUGUUUCUACACGGGCCAUUUUCUCAAAAAUACUUAAGUCUGUUUUAACAUGAUUAAGUUAAGCCCACUAUUUUUGUUUUUCUAUAAUUUGUGAAAUAUUUACUAUUUUGGAAGAUUUUAUACCGUUAAUUGAAGUUAUUUGUCUGAUAAUUAUGAAAAACUUAUUUAUAAAAAUCAGGUUAAAGUAAGAAAUUUUGCUUAACAAAAUAAGCUACUUAAGUCUGUUAAGGUUCGAGAAAUCAGGGACGCCAGAUCUUAAAUUAACGUUUUAUGUGUCCUGUCAAUGAAAUUUAAAGCUACACUCCCACAGAUUGACAGUUCAGACUUUUCUUUUCAUUUUUGUCGUAAGUCAGCUGAUAGUGGCAUCAAUGCCUUCACAACAGUCAUAUAAGAAAACUAACUGAUUCGAAUUGUUUGGAAAACUGCCCCAAAACCGAUUUUUCUAAACGCGUAAGAAACGCAUUUAGCCAUAAAACAUGCAUUUUUUAACGUUAAUAUGAAAAAUGCGAUCUGAUAUUUGAUCAGCAGUCUUAUAUCACUGGUUUCCAGAUAUUUGCGCCAAAAUUGGCUCAUUCCACUACAAAAAAAUCAAAAAGUUGUCAAAACGAUCAUUCUGUGAGAGUACAGAAUGUACUUUAUUUAAAACAAAAAACGGUUUAAAUGAUACAAACGACAAUAUUUAAUAACAGGGAAUAGAUUGUUUAAUAAAAUGCAAUAAUUAUUAUUUGAAACUAAAUUAUCAAUAUAAUAGGUAAACAAAAAUAACCUCUUAGUGCGUCGUUAAUGAAAAUAGUGUCGUCCUUGAAGCUAUGAAGCGAGCUGAAGGAAUGUGGGUAUACAGCAUUCACACCAUCUACCAAGCUCUGCACAUCAUCCUCAAACAUUACCUUUAAAGCACGAAAACAAUUUUUUUUAUUUCAGCUAAUACAUUCUCACUGUAUACCAUGGUCUGUACAACAACCUCGAACAUUACAUUCAAAGGACAAAUACACAUUUAUUAUAGCUAAUACAUGCCCACCAUCAACCAGGAUCUGUACAGCAACCUAAAACAUUGCAUUUAAAGCUUACACAAACAUUUAUUACAGCUAAUACAUUCCCACCAUAAACCAGGCUAUGAACAAGUACCUCAAACAUUACCUUUAAAGCACGAUUUUUUUUUGUAUUUAAGCUAAAACAUUCCCACCAUAAACCAUGCUAUGUACAAGAACCUUAAACAUUACAUUCAAAACACAAAACAAUCAUUUAUUACAGCUAACACAUUCCCACCAUAAACCAGGCUAUGAACAAGUACCUCAAACAUUACCUUUAAAGCACGAUUUUUUUUUGUAUUUAAGCUAAAACAUUCCCACCAUAAACCAUGCUAUGUACAAGAACCUUAAACAUUACAUUCAAAACACAAAACAAUCAUUUAUUACAGCUAACACAUUCCCACCAUAAACCAGGCUAUGAACAAGUACCUCAAACAUUACCUUUAAAGCACGAUUUUUUUUGUAUUUAAGCUAAUACAUUCCCACCAUAAACCAGGCUCUGUACAAGAACCUUAAACAUUACAUUCAAAACACAAAACAAUCAUUUAUUACAGCUAACACAUUCCCACCAUAAACCAGGCUAUGAACAAGUACCUCAAACAUUACCUUUAAAGCACGAUUUUUUUUGUAUUUAAGCUAAUACAUUCCCACCAUAAACCAGGCUCUGUACAGCAGCCUUAAACAUUACAUUCAAAGCCCACACAAACAUUUAUUGCAGCUAUUACGUUCCCACCAUAAACCAUGGUCUGUACAGCAUCCUCACUCAUUUGUUCAAAGCAUAAACAAAUAUUUAUUGCAGCAAAUACCCUCCCACCAUAAACCAGACUCUGUACAAUAUCGUAUUUAGUUUAAAAAAGUAAUUUAUGGCUCAAAUAAAUGGAGUUGAGAAGUAUAUUGUUUGGUUCCGGAGUAUGACGCAUGUCCAAAACUGCACCCUAGAGUUGUGCCUCCUCUAACGCCAAAUCCUAGAUCCGCCACUGCUAUUUACUAAUUCAUAGACCAGGCCCCAAUAUCACGAAAAUACUUAAGUCAAAUCUCAAACUCAGUCUCAACACAUUUUAUCACAUAGCAUUAAAAUUUAUUAAAAAUCACAUGUGUUUUUUAACAGUUUUAUAAGCGCAUUCUAUCACAGAAUAUUCUGAUAAAAGCCUUUGGUCGAAUUCCAAAGUAAAUAUAUUUACAGCCAAAAAAUAUAUUUGAGUACAAUUCUGUAUUUUUUAUAAAAUACUCAAGUAUAAUUCAUGUUCAAGAAUGAGUUUUCUUUGAAAAAAUGACAAAAUCUUUUUAUCAACACAUUCUAUAAGGAAAUACGUUUUCAAUAAGUAUACAACUUGCAAGAUUUUGAAGAAUAUUACGCUUUUAUAUGGUGAAAUGAGUUGAGACUGAGUUUGAGAUUUAACUUAAGUAGUGUUGUGAUAUUGGGGCCUGUUCAUUGACACUUCUGUCAGGCCAUAAAGUAGAACUAGUCGAAUGUAAGACAAUUUAAAGGUAACAAUGUCUUGCUAAUGAGGCCCUAAAUCACUCAACUAUCCUCAAACUACUGUGGUAUGUAUGGUUUAAAUGUCGGAAUGUGUGUUAAAAGUCCCGCGCCGAGUAAAAAAUCUGACUAUUAUAAGUUAAAAAAAAAAUAAAAAUAAAAAAUAUUCAAACCUCCUGCAAGCAAAUCACAUCGGAUUCUGACUGCAAUAACUGUUGGAUAAUCUUGUCUCUCCGUUCAACCUUGUUCACAUUAGCAGAAACGUUUCUCACAGUGAUCGUUGGUGGUAUUCCUGGCACGACAUCGGCUUCCUGUAUAUCUUUGUUCACCAAGACUGCAUUGUAUGUCAAGGCCUGAAAUGUGCAUAUUUAAUAUUUAAAAUCCUCCGGUCUUUUGUAUUGUUUUAAAGUGUACACCGUACGUACGAUUAGCAUCAUAACAAGAUUUGCAUGCAGUUUUAAUUGUUAUUUUCGCGUUUGUUCUGGAGGAAUGAAUUCAGAGAAAACUGCAAAUAGGCGGUCGAAACCUUUUCGUUAAGACCUUAAACACCAGCCCAUGGCACUGGCACUGGAAUUUCAAACUCAAUCAUUUUUUUAAAAAAAUAUAAAAAAAAUCCUAUAUUUCCAUACUUAAAAUACAAUAACAAAAAAAUGUGAAAACAUAUUAAAAAUAUUUUGUUUCUAAAUAUGCACUUUGUACAGUAUAUAUAUUGUUAGUAUAAAUAUACAGUACACAAUCAAUAUUUCUUUCACAUUUUUGGCUUUGUAUUUUUAGUCUAGAAUUAUGAGAUUUUUUUUAUUUAAAUAAAAGGAUUAAGCUUGAAAAUCCGGUGCUAGCGGAUCUGGGUUACAUGGUACAUGGUUCUCGCACUUGUUUACAUAAAGUUUUAUAAACAUGGUAUAAGUAAAACAGUUAUUUCCUUAAAGUUAUUAAUUAGAACAUUUUAGUGAUACAGUCAAAACUCGUUUUGUCCAAGUCGUUUGGACAACGGACAAAAAACGUCGAGAUAGCGAACAUUCGAGAUAACCGAAAUACAAAAAAGUGUAUAACUGAACCGAAAAAAGAAUGAAAAAAGUUCUACAUAACAAGAACUCCGGUUACUCAUGUCGAGUAACCGAGGUUACCAACAAGUGAAAUGUUAGUUGUUAUUAACCGAAGGUCAACGUAGGGUCAAUUCGCAUGAGUUGUUUAUCGCUCUUCUAAAUUUCUAUUGGUCAAGUAAAUUCUCGCUUUACACGUAAUAAUCCUUUGUGGUAAAGCUUUCUUUCGAAUCAAGCCAUCGUCAGUACAAGGUGUGUUAAAAGUUUUAAUUUCAUCGUCAUUUAAAAAAACAAACAAAAAAAACAAAAAACUAUUUGAUAUUAAUUAUAUUGCUUCGUCAAAAUUAAUUUUAUAAGUGAUAUGUAAUAUUUAUCGGCUUCACAUUAUUAUUGGUUUUCAUAUGUCUAGUCAUGAUCGAUAUUUGCUCAGCUGUUUUUGACAGAGCGCACGUGGUCACCGGUAUACUACUUAACUAUACCUUGGUUUGUUACUGUAAAGCUGUAUGGUAAUGAUAGCUCCCGCUUAAUUAUCUGAGCUGAGAGGACGCGUUCUGUCAUUCGGGUUUUUGUUUUCAAUACUUGACUUCAAUAUGCAUCUUUUCGGCUCAGGGGAAAUUAAAAUUUAUAACUGUGUGGGACAAGUAUAUUUAUUAUGCAAUAGUGAUUUAGUGGCUCCGGCCUUGUCAUAAAGUAAAUAUUAACUAUAAGAACUGUAAGUGAUAUAAGCUGUGGUUAAAAUAGAUUUACUCGCUCAUGGUUAAUCAUGCUGUCAUUUCCUUGUUUACUUUUCUUUUCGAUUUAUUGACAUGUCUGAGACGGAUCUUCGCGAUAUCAUACACGAGCUGCGGACGGCCAAGCGCGCCAGGUUCGAGACGGCCACGCCGGUAACAGGGACACAGUCCACGUGCACACAGGUGAACACCAUGAACGCACCGCCUGCCAGCCACGUGGUUCAGCCGUCAUGAGCACCGACAAGCGCCGCGACAUUUAGUGCCACAUCAUACAGCGACUCGCUACCCAUGAGGUAUUCGGACGUGCAGGCCGCCCAAAGCCAGAGCACGGAGUUUACUACGCCCUUGGUGAAUCAGGCACAUUGUGAGCAAGUUUUGCCAUUACCAUCGCUCUAUUGAAUGACGUAAAACCGGGGAAGCUGGCGACCCAGUGCAGAAAGUUCAAUGUGCGCAACGGCCAUUAGAAGUUGCCAGACGAAUACCCCGAAGAAUCCAAGUCCGGCGAGGCUCCCAUAGACUAUAUGAAAAAAUGUAUUUUGUGUCUCCUAAGCAGAAUGUGUAAACUAUCAUGAUACCUUGCUUUUGUUGAAAGGGUUUGUACGUUGAACACCGCGUCAAUACCCGUUGUACUAAGUACGCCAUACUUCUAUUGGUUAGCGCUCGGCAGCACCUUUUCUAUCCAAAUCUUAAGCAAAUUUAUCAUUAACCAUUUUAAAGUGCUUUCCGAACAUUGCUUUUCCGUGACGGAAUUCACUUACAUUUGCUAAAGAAUGAAUACUUGUAAUUGAUAGUUGAUACUGAUUUGCAUAUUUGCUGAGCUGAACUAAAUUGUAUUGUUUAACUGCUGCAAUAAUUGAUUGCUUAUUUUCAACCCUGAGGCUUUGGGGUAGGUCGCCAUGGAAGACGCCAAAGUUUGGCAGGUGACCAGUUGGCCUUUAAUCGGGUCAACAUUUUCGGACCAUUUUAUUUCAAAAAUUCAUUUUGGGUCAAGUGGGCCCAAAAUUAGUUUUUUUGCGCUAUGGCCAUUUGGGCCUAAAUAAUUUGUGCUGUGGUCAAUUUGGCCCAGAUAUUUAUAUAUGUGAAAGGGGAGUCUCGCAAAACAUUCCAAACCUUUUAAAUGUAAAUGAACAAAAAUAAAUAUGAUGAAAUAUUUAAUGUGUAACAUGGAAAUAAAGUUAAGAAAGCGUCGCCUUAUUCAGGUUUAGGAAGAGUAUGGUGUCAAAUUAAAUUGGUUUUGGUCAACUUUGUUGAUAACAUCGUGAUAAUGGACUUCGACAUAGCUAGUUUCGACUGUAUAAUUAUACAUUUGUGAUUGAAAUGUUUAUG